AUGAAAAAGACGCUGGAACGGAGCGUCAGGGAAUACUGCCGUUGGAUGAUCCAACAUCCAGAACAUAGACGUGCCCCAUAUUUAAACAGCCUGGGUAUGUUUGAUCCUGCUGUUCUUAACGCCAGACUCACAAUGGAACUGCAACAGGGCCCAAGCGAGUUACAAACGAGGGAGCAGUCAGAGCAUUGGACCGUCUCGUCUCACAAGACCUCCGAAUAUAGGAAGCUGAUUAGAUCUAAGUCGACGAUCAGGUCGAAAUCAAAAGACCUUAGAGCUGCCUCCAAGUCGACGGCGCGUUCAUUCCCCAAGUUCGCUCCCAGGAGGUCGCAGACGGAAAAAUCGAAAGACAGAGGCUCGGACACCUCGGAUAAUACACCGCCAGAAUCUGAUGAUGACCUCAAAGUGUAUCCCAGCGAGAUGGGGAAGUGCGUUAACAAAGAUUUGCUU